CUUUAAUUAUUAUUAAAGAAAAAAAAAAUUUUUUUAUAAAAAAUUUUUUUUUUUCUCCUUUAUUUUUUCUGUCUAUUAUUUACUAAUGGCUCCUCGCCAAGACAGAACACAUCCUCUAUUUGGUCAUUCGGCUACUAAUGCCCGCUUGACUUCUACUAAAGGAGGAUAUUAUGGUUGUGGUGGCUGCGGAGGUAUAGAAGGUGGUUUUAGAGGGUUAAAUGACUUACGAGACAACAUGUUCUUUGACAUUUUAAGCAACGUAAACUUUGAGCCAAAGAAAAAGAACAUCCUUAACAAUAAUAACCUGCUGAAUAAACGUAAAGUCAGGUUUAAUUUGGCUCAUCGUGCUAUCAUACAGGAACGAAAACAUAAAGGAUCUCUUCAGGAAAGAGAUGAAAUAAGGGCUUUGGAAAAGGAAGCUAUUAUGUAUAAACUUAAACGUCAAGAAAUUCAAGCUCAAACUAGAGAAUUACGACGUGAACUUUAUAAAAAAAAUCAAGAGAUCCGUCGAAAGAAACAAGAGGUAAAGUGUUUAAAAGCACUUGAAAGAGAUUUAAUAAGAUUCCUCGACAAAUGUGACAAUCAACCAGCAGAUAUACAACAGCCCUUAUCAAAUAAUUUACAAAUCGCUGCUGUUGCCCCUUCCGCAUUCAGAGCCAAUCUAUACAGGAUAUAUGUAUUGUGCGCUGCUUUAUUUUCUUUCCUCUUAGUUCGAGUUGUUUCAUAUGGCUCUAUCGUAGUCAACCGUGUGUGAAACACUUGAAGUGCUAUAAUAAGCAUUAAAAAUCCCUAAUCAAUCACCACUUUCAGCAUUAUUAUACGAUAAGUGUAUUCACUUCUUUGUAUCUCAAUAUGCUGUUUUACGCACUGUAUAUCAAAGGUGCUAUACUGUUUAUAUUCAUUAUUUUUAUAUAACCUGGUGCUCAUGUUAUUCGUGCAACAUCAGUAUCGCCUUUGAAACACCUAUUCACAUAUAUACAUAUAUAAAUAUACAUAUUAGAUAAUUUUCCUUGAUAUUAUAGUUAGCGGAUAUUAAUAAUAUAGUCUUUAAUGGGAAGUAAAAAACUUACUUUUGGCCUUAGAUCUGGUUCUUUGAUUGUGGCCUUAUUUUUUCCUCUUGUCAUCCGCAAAUUUAUUUUUUUUUUUAAAAAAAAAAAAAAAAAAAAAAAAAAUUUUGAAAUAUUGAAAAAUAAUAUUAAAAC